AUGGAGCGCGGUUCGGCGGACGCCAACGCGGCGCUGGCAGACGUCACUGCCGCUUUCCACACUCUGACUGAGCAUGAGAUAUCAACCUUGGCCACUGCUUGUGGCCUGUCGUACACACCAAACACGACAACGGAGCUCGUUCGUACCCUUCAAGCAACUUGUCCCCCAGAAUCUACCCAGCCGUACCUCCAUCAACGCGCCGAUCCACGCCAUUUGUUGCGCGUGUUGCAAGAGCACUUGGGUGUGAAUCAUGUGCUGUACAAGAGAGUUCAAGACUGGCAAUCGAGCCUGCACGCAAACACCACCACAGCCACGACGUUCACAACAGUCACAGCAACAACCACGUACACAUCAACAGUGCCAGCCUCAGUAGCAAGAACCCAAGCCAGUGUCGCACAUCGAGCGGAUGAUGUAUUCCUCGUAGCCACCUUGGUUGCCGGCGCCUUGGAGGAGCUGGACGAGUCGAGCAAGCAGCAAUUAAGGCCGGCGGGUGUCGAUGCUCUGCUCGCCAGCUCUGGCGGCAGUAUCGUUGACGGCACGUACACGGAGACGCUGGACCGCAUUCGGGCGCGGCUCGAGGUGGUGGCGGGUGAGGAUGAGGAGGUGCUGGCAGCACUGCAAGGCACCCUGCACAACGUGCUGGCGGCGAUUGUGGCUUCCUGCCAGCCACUGCACGUGGAGGAUCUGCAUGAGCUGUGCGGUGGUGACCGGGUGCAGCUUAAGGCGCUGACGAAGCGGCUGCUGAGUGCGCUAUCGCUCCUCUUCUCCAGCAGCAGCAAGCACGACGUGAUUGAGCCCCUGCACAAGACCGUCAACGACUUCCUCACGGACAAGAAGCGAGCUGGUGCUCACUUUGUGGACGUGCGGCAAGGCCACGCCAUCCUCGCUCGCGCGUGCCUGCGCGUGCUGCAGGACCGAGGGCUUCUGAGCGGCUCGCAUGGGCUGUUGGAGCCAGGCAGUGACGUCCUGGACGAGCCCGUCACCAAGUACGCGCUGGAGCAUGGCCACAUGCACUUGUACGAGUGUGCACGAGCGCUUGCAGACAAGGCAACAGGCAAAUCAGGGCAUGGCACCGACACUGAGGCCAGCGCUGCUGUUGCUGCGAGUGCCAGGCAGAGCGUCGAGGCGUGGAGGGAUGUGCUUUUACAGCCACGUCUUUCCAUGAACGAGAACAUACUGGCGCAAUUCGAGGGCACGGGUGUAGCGCCAACGGAACGCGAGGCAACGGCAGCGAUGGCGCAGUGGCUAUUGCUGCAGGCGUAUUCUGCCGAACGUGGGCGGCCCCUCAUCAAGGAGCUGGCCGAGCUGACCACAGCCCUGCUCGGUGUGGACAAUGACAUGUAUCAGUUGCUUGAUGACACAGGCUCCCUUUUCGGGGAACACUGGGCGCCGAGGCUGAGUGAGAAGGAUGCCUUGCGACGUGGCGCAGGUUGUUUUCUUGGUGGCAUACCGUUGCAAUCACACUGGUUUGCUUCACAGGCGCAGCGAACACUGGCACGAGCAGCAAGAACGAAUCACUGCCUCCUGCGCAUUCCGAAGGUGCUUGCCCGCAGCCCCUGCAAGUUGGUCAUCACUGGACACUCGAGUGAGGUCACCUCUGUUGGGUUCAGCCCUGAUGGGACGCGCGUGGUGUCUGGAAGCGGCAGUCCAUUUGGGACCGAGGACAAGACGGUGCGGGUGUGGGAUGCGCGGACGGGUGAGCAGCUGACGCAGUGCGAGGGGCACACGGAUCGUGUCUUCUCGGUUGGCUUUAGCCCUGAUGGGACACGGGUGGUGUCUGGGAGCAUUGACGCGACGGUGCGUGUGUGGGAUGCGCGGACGGGUGAGCAGCUGACGCAGUGCGAGGCGCACACGAGUGGUGUCACCUCGGUUGGGUUUAGCCCCGAUGGGACACGGGUGGUGUCUGGGAGCUGGGACAAGACGGUGCGUGUGUGGGAUGCGCAGACGGGUGAGCAGCUGACGCAGUGCGACGGGCACACGGAAAGUGUGACCUCGGUUGGGUUUAGCCCCGAUGGGACACGGGUGGUGUCUGGGAGCUGGGACAAGACGGUGCGGGUGUGGGAUGCGCGGACGGGAGAGCAGCUGACCCAGUGCGACGGGCACACACAUUGGGUCUUCUCGGUUGGGUUCAGCCCUGAUGGGACGCGUGUGGUGUCUGGGAGCUAUGACGCGACGGUGCGAGUGUGGGAUGCGCAGACGGGCGAGCAGCUGACGCAGUGCGAGGGGCACACGGGGUUUGUCAACUCGGUUGGGUUUAGCCCUGAUGGGACACGGGUGGUGUCUGGGAGCCUUGACGAGACGGUGCGGGUGUGGGAUGCGCGGACGGGCGAGCAGCUGACACUGUGCGAGGGGCACACGCGUGAAGUCACAUCAGUUGGGUUUAGCCCUGAUGGGACGCGUGUGGUGUCUGGGAGCUGUGACAAGACGCAGACCUACGCAUACAAGCCAGAAGGGCUUCUUCCCACACCUGAUCCAACCCCUUGCCUCGACAUGCCCUCCAGUUCCCUGAGUUCCACUUCCACCAUCAAGCCGGCAAUCACCCCCACAGCCAGCACCAGCACCAGCUACGUCAACCCGAAUUGGCGGCAGGAUGUCCGCGUGGACGACCAAGUCAUCGAGCGCAUCUUCCAGUCGCUGCCAACCCCUGUGGACGUGCAUCAGCCGUGCCACAGCCACAAGGACGUGCGCGCUGCUGUUGGGGAGCGCGCGUUCUCUGCGUUGAAUCGCCAGCUCCGCCCCGCCUUUGCCCACAGCAGGCAGGCGCUCGUUGUCACGCUGUUCAUGGACUGGCAGAAGCGCAUGUCGAACCUCAACAUGCAGGCGCUCUACCGCAGGCAGCACGAGUUUCGGGAGACGCGCGGGCGCCGCCGCGAACUGAACCUGCAAACGCUUGCCCGCAGGCACAACAUUGGCGUCACUGCGCUGGGCAUGGCGCUGGUUGGCGGCCUCUUCAGCAAGUACUUCUGCCUCACGCCGCACCACCUCGACCCCACCGCCAAGACGGAGCUCUUCCACAUUGUGGAGGACGAGGCGUUUCUUCGCCUCAUGGUCCACAACCGCAAGCGCAUUGCCCUCGUCCUCCAGGCGCGCGAAUGCCUCCGCAACGCCGCCGUUGACAGCGACGACGACGAGAAUGAUGAGGAUGGUCUUGAGCAGAACAGGAAUGAUGACGACGAUGCUGAUGACGGCAACGACGAUGCUGACUCCACAUUCAACGACGACGACGACGAUGAUGAUGGUGAUGAUGAUGAUGAUGAUGAUGAUGAUGAUGAUGAUCACGGACACUGA